CCCAAAAUUCUUAAUAUUAGUUAUAUAAAUAAUUUUAAUCUAAUAAUUCUUAUGUAGAUAUCUUAAAAAUUAAUUUUAUCUACAGCAGUUUUCAUUAAUGCUAUACUUCUCUUCUCAAGCCUUCAGGUCAAAAUCAACUGUAAUGGAUGAAGAUAACAGGACCUUGUUUAGUGGCUUUACCCUCAUUGGGCUCUUCCCACACAAAAAAGCCUCAAGCUUCCUUUUUAGUUCCAUUUGUGCCAUCUUCUUCAUGGCCAUCGUAACUAAUGGGGUCAUGGUCUUCCUGAUCCACAUAGAUCCUCACCUCCACACUCCCAUGUUCUUCCUACUUAGCCACCUCUCUUUCAUUGAUAUGAUGUAUAUCUCCACAAUUGUGCCCAAGAUGCUGGUUGAUUAUGUUUUGGGAAAGGGGACCAUCUCCUUCCUUGCUUGCACAGCCCAGUACUUCCUCUACAUGGGCUUUGUGGGGGCAGAAUUCUUCCUGCUGGGGCUCAUGGUCUAUGACUGCUAUGUAGCCAUCUACGACCCACUCCACUAUCGUGUCCUUAUGAGCCGACGGGUCUGUUGGAUAAUCUUGGCCAGUUCUUGGUUUGGGGGUGCUUUGGACAGUUCCCUCCUCACCCCCCUCACCAUAAGCCUCCCAUUCUGCGCCUCCCACAAGAUCAAUCACUUUUUCUGUGAGGCUCCCACCAUGCUGAGACUGGCGUGUGGCAACAAAGCUGCCUAUGAAAUGGUGAUGUAUACCUGUUGUGUCAUGAUGCUGCUUAUCCCCUUCUCCGUGGUGAUUGCUUCCUAUGCCCAGAUUCUCAUCACUGUGCAUCAAAUGAAGUCAGCAGAAGGGAAGAAGAAGGCCUUCACCACCUGUUCUUCGCACAUAAUGGUGGUGACGCUGUUCUAUGGGGCCGCUUUAUACACUUACAUGCUUCCUCAGUCCUAUCACACCCCAAUCAAAGAUAAGAUCUUCUCUGCCUUUUACACCAUCCUCACCCCCUUGUUAAACCCUGUAAUCUACAGCCUGAGGAACAGGGAUGUGACGGGGGCCUUGAGAAGGGUUUUGGCAAGAUGUAAUGGGGCCUGUGGUGAAACAAAGGAAUAGCUAUGACGGUUGUCAAGGGAGUGUGGGUUCUAUUAUUUUAGGUAUGGAUAUUGUGGACAAUGCAGGAAACAACCACCAAUGCCAGCUGUGUUAAAAGGUAUAUCAGCAGUACUUUCAUCAAAAUUUGUCAAAAAUCUAAAGUCAUCGGAACAUUUACACAUGAAUAAUGCCAGUGUUCCAUAAACACCACUGAUGUUUAUUUCUUCUUUGCUUCCCUUCAUUCUAAUUCUUCUCUUAUACUACUUCUCUGUACUUAUUGUAUGUAUUGUUCCCCAAAUAUCUGGUUACAAUUAUAUACUUUUGCCACCUUUAGUGGGUGUUUAGCCUCACAGAAACUGAAUAUCCAAGUGAUUUUGAUCACAUUGUUUAAACUCUCCAUCGAUAAAGUUUAUGGAAGUUUCAGGGAUAUAGAAAUUUGAAGUACAUAGAGACUGAACUGGCAUA